GCGGUCUGUUUACCUCUUCCACCAACCAUGAGUUUAUCUUCCUCACGUUCCAUUGGGGCAGAAAUAAGGGCAAGAGUCAGGAUGAACGCGGAUGACACGGAGUCAUUCCCCAGAAACGAGCUAAUCCACGAUGUUUCUUCCAAUCCCCGCCGUCGCCCCACUGCGCAAUGCCGACUCUUUGUACUCAAGUUAUUCAGUUCUCUUUUCGCGAUAGCGACUCUCCUUAUCUUAUUCACCCACCUCGACAUGUCUAUCAAGAGCGUUACUGUGCAUAUACCGACUCGUUUAUGGCCACAGCACCUCUCAAAUUCAUCGAACACGACGACCGUGAAAGGGGUGGCAGUCGCAGUCAUUGAACCGAAGAAGGUCCCGAAGAAUCUCCCUGUUGUCGACCGCUCGAUUUUGGAAAGGUUGGAAGGUUCUCGCAAGUCUUUGAAGAAAAAGAAAUCUGGUCAGCGAACUUGGCCUCCCGUAGUGACAAGCAUUCCAGACUCGGUCGCAGUGCAAGCACCGUUACACCACCAAUCGCCAUCCCGGUUUCUACUUCCUUCCAAAAUUGCUGAACAAGAGUCCAAAGCUCGAAACCAUCUCGCACAGCUCAUCAAAUUUGCUGAAAAACUCAACCGAACACUCGUCCUCCCGAAAGUCGAGAACAGUCGUCUUGGAGCUUGCUCUCGCUGGAAAUUCGAAUUUUACUAUGAUUUGGAGGGUAUCACUGCUGAUAAUGGUGCCGUUAUGGAUAUGAGCGUGUUCGAAGGAUGGCUCAGGGACAGGAGAGAACUGUCUACGCAAGCCCUUUAUCUCGACUACAAACCAAAUCCUUCGGUCCACGCGACGUCGCACUCAGAUUUCACGAUAUCCACGGAUCCGACUCACAGAGCUGGCCUACAGUGUCUCACAGGCGGAACUGACCUUGUCACCACAUUUUCACCUUCCAUUUCUGUUCAUCCGAAACGGAAAAAUCACCCACCAUUCGGCAACGAUAUAAUCCAAGUCUUUCGUCAAGAUGUCUCCGUUGCUCUCGAAUCUGAAGUUCUCGUCGUCGAUUGGAAUCUGCGCUUCCCUCUGUUCUCCCCAUCGUCUGCUCCUGAAAUUGGUUACUCACCCGAUCUCUUACACCUCGCUGAACAGCUCGCACCGUCUGGCCCAUAUCUCAUGGUUCACUGGCGAAUGGAGAGCGUACCACUGGACGUAUUCACCGACUGCGCACUUGCCUUGGUCGAUUUCCUUUCCAACAUCCUCAACAACCCUGGUCUAGGUACCGAUGUCAAGACCGUGUGGUUCGCUAGUGAUCACCCUAUUCCAAUAUCUUCCUUUGACUGUUCCGCUUCCCAAACCGUCUUUGACGAGUCUUCAUUCGCUCAAAAAUCAAGCACCUUCACUAGGCUCAGCGAGAAGCAUGCAAAUGCACUUCAUAUCGUGCGGGAAGCGUUUUGUUCUGGAGGUGAACUCGAAGGAUGGGCUGUGACAGAUCUCACUGAAGUGCUCUUCCGAGCAGGCGAUAUACCUGGAUAUAACUCUGAUAUGUUGGCGGAUCCCGGUUUGUUGGGUAUCUUGGACAAGCUGGUAGGAAUGAGGGCGACAAUCUUUGUCAGUGGUUCAAGGACGUGUGGAAGGAAAAGCUCGUUCACGAAGCAGAUAAUGGAUAUGCGGAAGCGGGAGAAUCGGGGAAGGAAUAUCGUGGAUUACUUUGGUUGA